GGUUUGGUAAUUCCACAACCAUUCAAAAAACCGUUACGUUCCGGCUUUCCCGCUCCCGCCCUUCUCCAUCCUUUAAACGCACAAAAAGCCAUCAUCUCCUUUCCUCCCUCUACUGAGAGAUCUAAACAAAAGGCAUCAACAACCAUGGCCUCCAAGUUCCGCAGGGCCAUCGGCGUCGUCAAGGACCAGACCAGCAUCGGCCUCGCCAAGGUCUCCAGCCGCGCGAACGGCUCCUCCAACCUCGAAGUCGCCAUCCUCAAGGCCACCUCCCACGACCAGGUCCCCGUCGACGACCGCCUCAUCACCGAGGUCCUCCUCCUCACCAAAUCGUCCCCCCUCUCCGCCACCGCCUGCGUCCAAGCCCUCUCCCGCCGCCUCACCCGCACCGCCAACUGGGUCGUCGCCCUCAAGUCCCUCACCCUCGCCUUCCGCGCCCUCCGCGACGCCGGCCCCGCCUUCUCCCGCGAGGCCCUCUCCGUCCCCCCCCGCCGCCGCCGCCUCCUCGAGCUCUCCACCUUCUGCGACGACUCCUCCUGGGACUUCACCGCCUUCGUCCGCACCUACGCCCUCUACCUCGACGCCCGCCUCGACUCCGCCCUCCUCGGCAAGCUCGGCAACCUCCACCACCGCCGCCGCGCCCCCACCAACAGCAUCGCCAACAUGAAGCUCCCCCUCAUCCUCGACCGCAUCGGCCACUGGCAGCGCCUCCUCGCCCGCGCCAUCGCCACCCGCCCCACCGGCCCCGCCAGGACCAACCGCCUCGUCCAAAUCUCCCUCUACGACGUCGUCCGCGAGAGCUUCGACCUCUACCGCGACAUCUCCGACGGCCUCUCCCUGCUGCUCGACAACUUCUUCCACCUCGAGUUCCCCGCGUGCCGCGAGACGUUCCGGGCGUGCACCAACGCCGCGAAGCAAUUCGAAGAGCUCGACUCCUUCUACAGCAUAUGUAAGAAGGUCGGCAUUGGGAGGUCGUCCGAGUACCCCAGCGUCUGCAUGAUCUCCAGAGCACUACUCAAGACCUUGGAAGAGUUCCUCAAAGAUCACCAGAACUCGUCGACCAACGGCAAGCUAAGAAGCCCUCCCAAGUUGAGCAUUCCAAGCCCUCGCCCUCGCCCUCGCCCUCGCCGUCAGAAUUCGGAUGUCCAUGAUCGGCUUCCGGUGACACCGAAACCUGGCCGGCAAUCAAUCUGUUCGACGACCGACUGGGAAUUGCUGAAUUCCGACCAAGAAGGGCUGUCAGCAAGCUUUGCAGGCAGCAAAAGCAGCACUGGAGAGAGUUCUGGCACACUCUCAGACCUGCUAUCGUUCAACGAUGAAUCAUCGGCUGCUUCGAAUUCAGAUCGAGAGAAUGGCGUUGUCUUGGAUCUAGCAUCAUUCAACUACCAGCCAAAGAAAUCGACUGCUUCGAAUUCAGAUCGAAAGAAUGGCGUGGUUCGGGAUCUAGUCCCACCCGACAACCAGCCAAAGGCAUCCACUGCCUCGAAUUCAGAUCGAAAGAAUGGCGUGGUUCGGGAUCCAGUCCCAUUCGACAACCAGUCGAAGGCAUUGACUACUUCGAGAUCAGAUCGAGAGAAUGGAGCGGUUUUGGAUACAGUCCCAUUCGACAACCCGUCGAAGGCAUCAACCUCUCCAAAUUCGGACUCGUGGGAGCUUGUCCUAGUGGAGAGCGCAAGCAAGAUGUCCAACGGAGUGCGUGGCAAUUCAAUCAAAGGGCCGAAAAAUCUUAAACCGGACAGUCUGUUAGAUAAUGGAUCAUUCCGUCAGUUUCCCCUCAACUAUUACAAUCCAUUCCUCCAUGAUUUCGAUGAGAAGAAUUUAGCAAUUGUGCCAUCGCCACGGUCAUCAUUGCCCUCACCGACGUUCCAUGCGGCGAGGCGGAAUGAGGAUUCAGCUGAGGAGGGAGCAGAUCCUUUCACAUGGUCGUCGCAAGUAUAUUCACCAGCAUUGACUAAAACGUUGGAUGUGUCUGCAAUGCAGCAGCAGCAGCUGCUCAGCGAGCAGCAGAUGUGGAUGCAGUAUCAGAGAAAGAUCAUUGCGAAAAAUUUGGAAUGAU